AUGACUACAGACAGCUCACCACCCGUACCCGCUGCGUCGCUGGCCGACUCGAACGCGACGAAUGUGGCGGCCCCGACCGGCGGGAUGGCGGCGAUCCUCGCGCACGACUUCACAGCCACGUACCCCGCCCCAUACCCCAAGCUACAAAUCUCGACGGACAACGGACUCCGCGUCGUCGCGACAGCCGAGCACCCACGCCCGUUCAGCAACGCGCUCGCAGUCGACGCGGACGCGGCCGCGUACCCCGCGCUCGUGCUCCUCGCUGCCGAGGAGCUCGCGGGCAGCCUGAUCGGCCUCACGCCCGGCGACGACGGGCCGCUGCUCGCCGAGAAGCUCGCGAUGCGCGCCGCGACCGCCGGCCAGACGGACGGCUACGACCUGGUCGGGCGGCUCAACAGGACCGGCAACGCCUUUGGCCGGCUGCACCCCGACGACGCGCGCCUCAGCUUCGCGGCGCUCGCGGCCGGCGCCAGCGCGGGCGACCGCGCGUGCGCCGCCCGGUUCGCGCACAACGCGCACUACAUGCUUCCUGGGACGCUGCCGCCCGACGAGGCGGACGCGACCCAGGCCAAGGCCGCGCGCGUGCUCGACGAGCUGCUCGCCGGGGGGGCGCCAGACGCCGAGCUCGCGUUCUUAAAGGCCCAGAUGCUGCGCGAUGGCACGGGGUACGAAAAGGACUAUGCUGCCGCGCGGCGCUUUGUCCAGAUCGCCGCGGACGCGGGCAGCGCCGAGGCAGAGCUCGAGCUGUAUCGGUAUCCCCAUGGCGUCGGCGGCCCAAAGGACGAAGCAGCGAGCCUGCGCCACCUCGUGGCUGGUGCGCACAAGGGCGAAUCAACCGCCAUGUACAUCCUCGCCGAGGCGUAUGCCGAGCGCAGCGAGGGCGUGCAGAAGGACCACGCGCUCAGUAUCGAGUGGUACCGCAAGUCUGCGGACGCCGGGUUCGAGCCCGCCGCCGAGGAGCUUGCUCAGAUGUACCGCACGGGGGAGGGCGCGCCGCUCGACCUCGCGCUCGCGGACAAGUACGAGAAGAUGGCAGAGGAGCUGUCGUACAUGUAG